CUGGACCAAGUGAAUCUUACCGCUAUGAUCAUACCCCAGCCUGCGUCUUGUGCCAGCACUGCGGCAUCUUGGUGACAACUACGAUCACCUAUGAAUCUGGGUUACUCACUUGGAGUGUGUCUGCCAUGAUGUGUUUGACCGGGUGUUGGUUUGGUUGUUGUCUGAUCCCGUUCUGUAUGAGACACACAAAAGAUGUCGUACACACAUGUCCGGUCUGCCAUACUGUCCUGGGAGUAUACCGGAAUUGUUAA